AUGCUCCUAUCACACGGCGAAAGUCGUCAGUCAUUCAAACAAAAAAAGGCGGAAGAAAAACGAAGACGAAGCUCAUCGGGUCAUGGUCCGCAGGCCAAACAGAGCUUGGCGGUUUUGGCACAGUUGAUGCUGCCAGCAUUGAUAGAGGAACAUACAGCGCAGCAAGAGGAUGUCUUCGUGCCCGCUCACUACAGGGCGGAUGGAUCGUUGGCGUCUACUGUGACCAACCGACGGCAUGUCCUGCAGAGAGUAAAUUUGCUUCAAAGGGCGAAUUGUCAGAUGAGAAAAGGAGCAGCAGGAGUAUGGGAUAUUGCCGGUCGUGCUCAUCUGGCCGGAAAACGAAAAGUGGAACAACUCCAACAAAAACCUCCAUUAUGGCUGGUUAUUCUGAAUAGAGCAUAUCAUAAGUAUGGAUUGAAGCACGCAGUUCUAAUUCUAGUCUUCCUGGUUUAUUGUAUUGCUGGUGGCCUAAUUUUUUGGCUAAUCGAGGAGCCAUUUCAAUCGGAACUCCGUGAUAAAUGGCACCAGAAGAUCUACAAUAAUCGUACCGAGCGAGUAGACUUCAUGAUGAAACGAAUUUUCAACAAUUCCGAUUUCCUCAUAUACAUUAAGGGUAACACAACGACGCGGCUGGAGCAGUUUUUUAAAGAGGAAUUCGCUUCUUACGAAAACCAGUUGGGCGUCAAGUGGAGUCAACAGAAAAUGGAUUGGGACUUUUGGAACGCAGUGUUGUUUGCUGGCACAAUUUGCACCACAAUUGGAUAUGGACACAUCUAUCCGAUGACCGACGCAGGGAGGUUGUUGACAAUGUGUUUUGCUCUUUUUGGAAUCCCAUUAAUGCUUCUGGUACUUCAAGAUUUUGGUAAACUUCUCACAAUAACUAUGAAAUUCCCGUGGUUUCAAACUAAACGACUCAUGAGACGAAUCAUGAGAUGUUGUACAAAGCAGCCGAUUGAGGAAAUGAGAGAAAUCGAACGACAAGAAAGACAUGACCUGGACAUUUUUGAUCUACCAUUACCAGUUGGAAUCGGUCUGAUUGUUGUCUGGAUUUUCAUCUGCUCAUUCGUUCUAUCAGUUUGGGACCACAACUGGACGCUUCUCGAAUCGUUCUACUUCUUCUUCACUUCCUUAUCAACUGUAGGUCUUGGCGACCUGGUCCCAUCAUCGCCUCGCCUGCUAAUCACAAUGUUUGGUUUUAUUCUCGUUGGGCUAUCUUUGGUGUCAAUGGUUAUUAAUCUUCUCCAGGCAAAGAUGAAAUCCACAUACGAAGCGGGUCGAAACGACGACAAGGCACUAACACAUCAUGCUCAUACGCUACCUACCUCACUUGGAGUCAUGCAGUGCUAUUCAGCAGACGAGGAGAAGAAGGCCGAUGUUUCAGAGAGAAGCUUGAGUCGGUCCACGCAGACGAGUCUAAGCUUACCAGGAGUUCGACAGGUCGUCCUCCGCUCGGACGGUGUUCAUUGGGUCAACACCGACACCUCAUCCCCAACAAAGUCUCCAGAUGAAGUGACGAAUCUAGUGGAAAUGGAGACGGCUCUUCGAGUUUGCGAGCAAAUUGGGGACAAUAACAAUGAAGAGUAUUCAGAAGGAGAGAGCUUGAUUUGUGAAACAGAAGUGUUGUUGGAGCUGGGCGAGUGCUUGUCGGAUUUGGAACGAUGUGAUAGUAUUUGA